AAUUUUUUUAAUCUAAAUUAUUAAUGGCUUAACCUUGAAUUCCCAAAAGUGCUUCUGUUCAGAAACUGAUAGAUUCCCAAAACCGCGGCCGGCUACUUUUAACCCUACUUCCGUUGCUCACUGUCUUCCUCUCUCUCUCUCUCUCUCUUUUCCCUACCCACCGCUCUCUAGUACCUCACAGAUUUUAUAUGCUCCUGGCUUUUUUAUUUUUUAUUUUUUAUUUGUCUCGAAUCAAGAAUGAUCUAAGUUUUGGUCUACAUAAGUGUACAAGAACAUAUAUAUUUUUCUUAUAAUUUUAAAGUUUUUUCACUUGGAAAUGAUUAACUGUUUGGUUUAGGAUUGAAAAGGGUUGGUUUUCUUUAGUGUUAUUCAUAUAUGCUUGGCCAUGGAUUCUUCAAAGAAGCAUUCAUCUUCCGAUCAGAUUCUGCCGUCGAAGAGCAAGGUGUUAACUAGAUUUGGUUUGGGAAUUGGGGUUUCUCUCAUCUUCCUCACUCUGCUUUUCUUCAGUAACUCUCUCAAGACUCCUUUGGUUGUGCCUUUGUUUCGGGGAUUUUAUAAUGCUGGUGUUGGUUCCUCUAAUGCUUCAUGGAGUUUCCCUUUUUCUGUUCCCUCUUCCUCUUCUUCUUCUUCUACUAAUGCCACUGAUGCCAUGCAAGUUCAGACGAUCCAAGAGGUCAAUACAUCAAUGGUUGCUCAAAUGCAAGAUUUCGAGGGCAAUAACGGACAAGGGAUUGUUUUGGGAAACACCCAUCCGGGAAAUUUCUCUCAAGAGGUUAAACAUGAAACUUCUCGUGUUGAAGGCGGCAUUGAGCCGAAUACCCAUGAAGGAAACGAUUUAGUUAUUGCUAAAAAUGGAAGUCCCGUGGGCUCUGACGGGAAUACACUGAUAGCUGACGAGAAUAUCCGCUUUGGAAAUUCCUCUGAGAUAACAAAUAAUGGAACCUUACUUGUUGCCACUGAAGAGGCACACGCGAAGGGGAAAACUGAAGGGAAAUCUAUGGAGAAUUCGCUUGAUGGUGAUAAUACGAUUGCCGUAAACAACAAUGGAGGCAAUUUUACGAACAGAGAAAAGGUGGGUGGAGAUGAAACAUCCAGCAAUACGAGUUAUCAAGCGGAUUCUUUGGAGAAGAAUCACACUGACAAAAAUAUCAGUUCAUGUGAUAUAUUUGAUGGUGAAUGGGUGAGGGAUGAUUCAAAGCCAUACUAUCCAGCAGGCUCUUGUCCUUACAUCGAUCGGGACUUUGAUUGCCAUCUUAAUGGGAGGCCUGAUGAUGGAUUUGCUAAAUGGAAGUGGCAAUCAAAUGGUUGCGACAUCCCUAGAUUUAACGCUACUGAUUUUCUGGAGAAAUUGAGAGGGAAGAAACUGGUUUUUGUGGGAGAUUCCCUAAAUCGGAACAUGUGGGAGUCUUUGGUGUGUCUUCUCCGCCAUAGUAAUGAAAACAAGGAAAGAGUUUAUGAGAUUUCUGGAAGGAGAGAAUUUAAGAAGAAGGGUGUUUAUGCUUUCCGGUUCGAGGAUUACGAUUGUUCGGUGGACUUUGUGGCUGCUCCCUUUCUUGUCAGAGAAUCCGUUUUCAAAGGAAAAAAUGGAUCUAUAGAAACCCUGAGAUUGGAUUUGAUGGACCAGACAACGUCUAUGUAUCAGGAUGCUGAUAUCAUAGUCUUCAAUACAGGUCAUUGGUGGACUCAUGAGAAAACAUCUAGAGGAGAAGACUAUUAUCAAGAAGGUAACCAUGUCUACCCAAGGCUCAAGGUUCUGGAAGCAUAUAAGAAAGCACUCGCCACUUGGGCAAGAUGGGUUGACAAGAACAUUGACAACAGCCGAACCCAGGUCAUUUUUCGGGGAUAUUCAGUCACGCAUUUCAGAGGGGGUCCGUGGAACUCGGGAGGACAGUGCCACAACGAAACUGAGCCAAUCUUCAAUGUCAAAUAUCUAGCAAAAUACCCAUCAAAAAUGAGAUCUCUGGAACCCGUUCUUCGAGAAAUGAAGACUCCAGUUAUAUAUAUGAACAUAAGUAGGCUGACUGAUUUCCGAAAAGAUGGUCACCCUUCUAUUUAUAGAUCAACUUUCAAGUCAACAAAAGAACGGAAAAUUGCAGAGAAGUUUCAAGAUUGCAGCCACUGGUGCUUGCCGGGAGUACCAGAUACAUGGAACGAGUUGUUAUAUGCUUCACUGCUGAAGGCCGGAAGAGGAUCGUGGCAAAACUGAGCACGACCAUAUUGUACAUAUAGAAGCCUAAAAUUUUAGAUAAUGAUUUGUUAUUCUUUUUUGGAAAUUUCUUAAUCUUCCCUGAUUAGCGUAUGGGCUUUUUGUGAAGAAAGCAAUCUGAUGUAUUUUCUUUCCAAAUCAUGAAUGAAUACACGCAUAUAUACAUUUCGAGUUGAUGAAAUGAA